CCGUUAUGGAGCCGGCUGAAGUUAAUGGAAUAUUUAUAUGCAGACUGUGAAACCCUGAAUUUCCUUUCUUUUUCCGAACAGCGUGCAACGUCUCCCCCCUCUCUCACUCUCUCUCUACCUUUCUCCUAUCUCCCGCUCUUGAAUUGCCUUUGUUAGGAUUUGACACUAUUUUUACACCUCCAAGAGCACUGUAUUUCCAUCGGCAGCCGUUGAGAGAGGGGCCUGUAGAGAGAGACGGAGUGAAUGCGAGUAGGUCUUGGUCAGGUGCUAUAAGCCUCACCGUGCUAAGCCACAUAGAAAUCCACGCAAAAGGAGCAACGACAGCCGACCCCCGGUGUCACAUACUUUUUUUUAAAACGAAGGUGGGAGAUUUAAUUAAUGAGAAUGCAGAGGGAGGGAGGCAGCCGUGACAAUAACGUCCACUGAUAUCGACAAAAUGGUGCAUUAAAUAGUGAUGGAAGGGGUGGAGAUUGAGAGCAGCGUCGGUCCUUGUCGACAAAGUGAAAGGAGUAGCAGGUGGAGUAAAGGAUACUGGAGAGGUGGGGGGAGAUGUGGAUGCUGACAGGUGAAACUGAAAAGAAACAGAGAGGGAGGAAGCAAGGAGGCAAGGAGGGGAGGAGGGGGGGAGAAGAACCCACAGAGGAGCUAUAAAUACAGAUAGACAGGGAGAGAGAGAGAGAGUGGGUUGCUGCAUAAACCCACAAUAAGAUGCCCCCGAAAUCGUUAGCAUUCAGCUAGCGUAGCAUCAUAGUCUAUAGUAAAACCAAUAAGAGGGAGGUAUCAUGGGACUGUGCUCGAGAAAUAUGGCAUGUUUUUUUUUUGCAAGUGGGGGAGAGGGGGCUGAGGGAUACAGAUAGACUCCCAUUAAGUAUUCAACCACGGGGUCACAACAGUUACAGCUCCUGCACGGAGGCAGAGAUUUCCAUUUGGCCACAUCCGACGAUUCAUCCCUGCAGCUUCUGUGCAGUCACAGUCCUGCUACACCGAGGGGGAUUUACAGUUUUAUCCGGAGGAUGAGUGGGGGGGGGGCUGCAGGGUUGUAAGCAAUAAGAGGCAGUUUAUGGCGGGAGUUUGUCACCCAACAACUUUGUGGUCUGACACAGUGGAAAUGCUCCAAUAACCGGUCUGUACUUUGUGCUGAUGCUUUAAUCAAUGUCUGGAUGCUUUGAUGGAAUAAAAAUGAUAUCAACCCCCUCACUUUGCUGUAGCUCAGUAGGACUGACUAUGCACGGUUUCCUCCAGUGACCCGAUACUCUGCACAGAUUGGAUCAUCCCUUUUCGUUAGGCUGGCUGAGCCUGAUAACUCCUUCAACAGAUAACAAGCAGGGACAGAGAGGAAACAUAUAUGAAGAGGAGUGAAACAGACACCACCUGUGUGGUGGAGAAAACAGGCCAUUUGUGCAAGUGUGUACCUGUGUGUGUUCACAUCGAACAAUGGAAGGGGAGGGGGGGGCGUCUGGUGUGUUCCUCGGCUCCCUGUUAACAUUUGAAAAAUGACAUGAACGGACACCUUUUGGAAACAGCAGCACCUUCUUCUCUUUGUGUGGGGAAAGAGGAAAGAGGAAAGAGGAAAGCUGGGUGUAAUAUUGGCGGAGCGAAAGAAGAUGAGUCAUGUCGUCUUUAAUGAAAGCACCAGCGGCAUCUGUGUGGAGUUGUGGUUGGCACCAUCAGCACAUUGUUAUCUCCCUCUGUUCCCCCCCGGCUAAGGAGGCAGCGGCGGACCUCCCAGGCCGACUGUGUGGCACAGUCACACUAGAAGGCCAUUAAAAGACAGACAGCAGCACCUGGCGAGUGGAAGGGAAACGCUGGCAAGGCAUGAGGGGGGGGAAAAAAAAGAAGAAGCCAAAAGCCACAGAAGAAAUGGAACAGAGAGCGGCUCAUUAUCGCUCAGAGCGGGUAUUACAGACUAGCUGUCAGUACACCUUUGGUUCCCUCGCGGGGAGUGAAGGUGUGAGGAGGAAAGUGGUGGCUGGAAAUUCGAAAGUGUUUUCUUAAUUAGACCUCGACAUGAUAGGUGUGAGCCUCCUAACCUUCCGGGUCAGAAUUUAAAUAUGAGAAAAUAAAAAGUCCAGGUCUUUUUUUUUUUUUUAAAUGGUGGAAAAUUGUGUUUUGAAUCACGUCUGUGUAUUUUUGCAACAGGCCACAAAUGUCAUAAAAUAACAGAAAGCUUGAUCUUCUUUUGUCUGGACUCAUUUAAAGGCCAAAGUCACUCUUUUUUUUUAUAAAUAUAAUUUUCAAGCUCUGUUCCCCCCUACAGGAGGACAAACCAGUAAUAAAUCAAGGGUGUUGUAACAGUGCCCCCUAGUGCACUUAAAGAGAACAGUGUGAGCAUUUAUAACCCAGCAGUAAGCUGCCACACUGGUUGUUCAAUAAAGCUCUUGUCCUAAUCAAACAUGUCUCGUUUUUUUAUGACAAAAAGUGAAAACUAGUUUCCUCUAAAUGUUUUUCGGCGUUUCAACCUUCACGGAUCAGCAGCGGAUAACGGGCGGCCCUUUAACGGGAAAACCUGGAAUGUUUUGAAAGGAAUUAUUCAGCUUCACUUCACACACGAAAAAACAAAAAAAAACAAAAAAAGAACAAUACAGAAACCUUUCAAAUGCCAAUCUAGACACACACACACACACAAUGCCCGUCAGUUUAAUGUGCACCUGACCAUAAUUAUGCAAAUUUGAAGUAAUUAGCCAAAGAAACCUGGUAGCCCUAAUGAGCUGUUGCAAAAGAGUACAGGCUAAUUUGGGAUAAUGAGCCUCACAUUGUGCGCUCCGGUUUACAUAACACAGAAACUAAAUGUCUUUUUUUCUUUUUUAAGAGAUUCCCAUAUACAGUAACAGCCACCCACAGACUUCAUCUCCAUACAAAUACCUUACAAAUUAGACCCAGUGUGUUUGCCAGCCCAUGUAGGUGAGAGAAGCCUUUUUUUUUUUUUUUCUUUCUUUGCUACCUGCCACAAACAUGCCUUGCUGCUAUUUUGGCCGCGGUCACCUAUUGACCUGACAGGCAAGUGUCAAGGGAAGAGCCACAUGUCAGCUGCAGGUGGAAACUCUCAGCAGGGAGCAUUGCCGUGGCGCUGGUUGGCACAGUCGGAGCCCAGGAUAACACAGCACUGAGGGACUGCAGAUGUAGCUGGUGUCUGAGGAGGUUACCUAAGGUUUCAUGAGGUUGUGUGUGAAACGGGUAAAAGCAUAUUUCAUAUCUUUCCUUUCAUGCAUGCAGGUGGAUACAAUACUAUGCUUUUACAUUUUCUUUUAGCGCUGCAAUAAAGCUUCACACAAAAGCGAGAUGUCUUAUUUUAAACUGAGGAGACAGUGCCAAAGGUCUGUCCUUGUCAAGGAGAAUGGAUUUUUUUCUUUUUCUCCUAAUGGUUUUUUAAACUGCGGAUCUUAACAAAGAUGACUCCAGCUUUUAUAAUUCUCGUCUCUCCUCAGCUAAGCAGUUAACUUCGGCAUCAGUCUGGAGGUUUCCAACCCCCUGAAGAUGUACGGCCUGUAUUUGGAAGCAGUGAACGAUUACAUUAACGAAUCCUACGGAGAGGAUGUGUGGAGACUGAUCGAGAACCGAGCGGAGAUACCCCAUCUCAAGUUUGUCAGACAUCAGAUGUACAAUGACAACCUCAUCCUGCGGUUGGCGAAGGCAGCGGGCGAGGUUCUGGGAAAGACUCACGAUGAGCUGAUGUACGCCUUCGGGGUCUAUAUGGUGAAGAGGAUUGGAAACUACGGAUAUGAGCGGAUCCUAAAGGUCCUGGGGCGAAAUGUGCGCGACUUCAUCAAUGAGCUGGACAACCUGCACGAGUACUUUCGCUUCUCCUUCCCCAAGGUGCAGCCACCGAGCUUCUGCGUGGAGGAGGAGUGCGAGACAAGCCUCACGCUGCACUACCGCAGCACCCGCAAGGGUUUCACCCAGUUUGUCAAAGGGCAGCUCUCUCAAGUGGGACGGCAAUUCUACAACACAGAUAUCGAAGUGGAAAUCCUGUCUAAAGAGGAAACCGAGAAGAUGACCUAUGUGGUUUAUAAGAUGAACUUUGACAACGCCGCCUUCAAACACCGCAUGCCCCAGCAGAAGACGGCGCCGAGCUACGAGAAGCUGCCAAUGAAACGUGGUAUCUUUUUUGACAUGUUCCCCUUCAGUGUCAUCUUCCGCCGGGACAUGACCAUGUACCGCAUCGGCGACGGCCUCAAGGAAGUCUUCUCCGACCUUCAGGGCAAGAAGGUCAACGAGGAGUUCACUCUGGUCCGACCCAUGCUGGAGUUCAGCUGGGAUAAUAUCUACACCCAUUUGAACAACGUGUUCGAGCUGUUGUCUAAAGCGGUGGUCGAGAGCAAGCAGAAGGUCAACAUCCCCAAACUGAGCAAGGAGGAGCCCGAGGAGAAGGAGGAGAGUGAGAAAGCAAAGAGGGAAGAAGAAAGAGAGCCGAAGGCAGUGGAGGAGAUGAAGGGCACGGACCAAGAGUACAGCAGCGCUCUCACCCAAUACAACAGCUCUGCAAACUCUGGAGGGGAAGAUAUUGAGCUGCUGGCCUUCCAGACUGUCACCGGUAAGUGCAGUGAGACCAUCUUUGAGGACAUGCGGGAGCCUCCAAAGAAACCUCUCCACCUGAAGGGCCAGAUGAAGUAUGUCCCCCAGUGGGACUCCCUCAUCUUCCUUGGGACACCCAUUAUAGAGACGGUGGAGGACAUGAUAAAGAUGGGUGUGUACGUGAACGAUCUGAACCUGCAUGACUCCAGCAGAGAGCUGAUUUUGGCAGGGACGCAACAAUCGGCUGAGCUGCAGCUGGCUCUCGAUCAGGAGCAACAGAAAUACGCUCAGCUGCAGGAAAUCAUCAAGAAGCUUGACGAAGAGAAGAAGAGAGGUGAUUCUUUGCUGUAUGCCAUGAUCCCUAAAGCUGUGGCCGACCGCCUCAGGAAGGGGAUCACUGCACUGGAGACAUGCCAGGUCUUCCCUGAUGUGACCAUCCUCUUCAGCGAUGUGGUCAAGUUCAAUGAGAUCUGCAUCCACAUCACACCCAUGCAGGUGGUGGACAUGCUCAACGAGAUCUACAUCGUGUUUGACACGCUCAGCGAGAAGCACAACGUCUACAAGGUGGAGACAAUUCGUGACGCCUACAUGGUGGUGGCGGGCGUGCCCAACAAGACAACCUUUCACGCGCACCAUAUCUGCGACAUGGCCCUGGACAUGCUGAGCUCCAUUGACCACCUUAAAGACCCCUCCACCGGAGAUAACAUCCAGAUCAGAGUCGGAAUUCACUCAGGUAUGGUGGUGGCCGGUGUGGUGGGUCUGAAGAUGCCUCGCUACUGUCUCUUUGGUGACACAGUCAACACAGCCUCAAGGAUGGAGAGCAACGGAGUGUCUGAGCAGGGUAUGCAGAUACACAUCAGUCAGACCACCAAAGACCACCUGGAACAUGAGCCCUAUAUCAUUGAGGAGAGGGGCAAAAUCUUUGUAAAGGGUAAAGGCUACAUGAAGACUUACUGGCUGAAAGGAAAGAAGGAUCUAUCUUUCAAGACCCCGGCAGAGCUGCGCUACAGCAGUGAACAGAAAGACUCUGAGGACAAGAGCUCUAAUGGUUCCACAAGCACCAAUGCCAAGCGCAUGGCCUCCAACCUCCACAUCGCGAGCAGCGAGGAGCAAGCCGAAGGGAAGCCGAGCCCCAGCGAUCUCCCCCUGGACACCCUGCCGCCACCAGAGGCCGCUAACGAGCCCCCCACAAUUUCAGCCGAGCCACAGGAGAAGGAGAAAGCCAAAAAGACUAAGAACAACAAGGGGGCCAGGUUGGAGGUGCCCCAGGGAAACGCGAUGCCGGAGUCUUUGGCACCCGCCGACGGACUGGAGAACCCGGGUCCUUUCCUCAACAACAAGAGAAACAGCUUCAGGCAGCAGUACGCCAAGCUGCCCACCAACCUGCCCAUGCGCAGCGCCUCCUGCUCCAUUCUGUGAGCAGACAGGUUGUAGUGUUGGGAUUACACCACGUGUCCAACAUGUGGGGGGAAAAUAUCAUUAAAGUUUAAUCAGAGGCAAGACAAGCAGUUUUCAACAUUUAUGGUUAUUGAUGAUCUGCAUUUAAACAUAUUUUUGAAAGUCACCCUGAGGAGUUGUGAAAGAUCCAGUAAGAUAAGAGUUAAAAUAAGAGGUACACCUCCAAGACCAACACUUCAACAUUUCCUACUAAAGUCUAGUUGUAUUCAUGCAUCAAAGGCUUUGUAUAGAAAUUGGGAACUUACCCUGAAUACUUUACAGGUUUCACAACAUGCCUUCCUUAUGUUGACUGUUUUUGGGUCGUUUUUUUAAAAAAAAAAAGGAAGUACAACGUCCUCUACAUACGAACAGCACAUGCACAGAGAAACAGAGAGAACUUCAAAACUGUACUAGAGGUGAAGUCAGGCGUGACAAUGAGUUUGUUUCUGCUUUUCUUUAUGCUAUUUGCUGUAUUAUGUUACAGCUCUACAAACCAUUCAUGAAGUCACUGCUACGGAAAUUAUAUCCAAAUGUAUAAUGACAACAAAUUACAGGAUGUUUUUUUUCGGGGAGGUGGGGGGGGGGUAAUAAAGUAAGCCGUUUUGUGACAGGGCUUACACGGUUUUUAACUGAAGCGCGAGCUUCCACGGAAACAGAGAAACUAAUUCUAUGGAUGCUUCGUUUAAUUCACUGAGAGUAGAAAUAAUGAGAGGUUGUAUUUUACUUUGUUUAAACUAGGCGUAUGGUUAAUACAGCAGGCAUUUGGCUAGACCUUCACAACAUUGUCUUAAAGAGUUCUUACUUUCUGUUUUGUAACUGACUGCAUUUGUUUCACUGUAUGAUAGUGUUUAUUUAUAUAAAACUGUAUGUACAGCCA